AUUAAACACACACUUGGGGGGUUUACCUCGUGAUACGAAUCCAACAUUCAUAUCACACCCUAAGAUCAUAAACCUCAAUAAACAAAAGUAAAAAAAAAAAAAAACUAGUGUAUGACUAUUAUGAAUAAUUGAAUAAUAGUAUGUGACUUUGUCAUGUAUUGUCACAAGAAUAUCAAAACACAAUACGGAACCACCAAACCACGACACACUACACAUCACUGGAUCUCCUUCGCACAAACAACCAACUCUGAAGAUUAAAUCAUGCAGGUGAUCAAUGCGGUGGCGUUGGCGCGAAUAGCCUUCAGAAACGGGGCAGAUGGGUUAUCCUCUGAAAUUGAAUUCGGCACACCAUGGUGGUUCAUCUAUGCCGGCAUCUGCUGUUUCCUCGUCCUCUUUGCUGGUCUUAUGUCCGGUUUGACUCUUGGUUUGAUGUCUCUUAGUCUUGUUGACUUGGAGAUUCUUAAACGUAGUGGCACUAAUUCUGAACAAAAACAAUCAGCUGCUAUCCUCCCUGUUGUUCAAAAGCAGCAUCAACUUCUGGUUACAUUACUUUUAUGCAAUGCAGCCGCCAUGGAGGCACUUCCUAUAUAUUUGGACAAGAUGUUUAAUCAGUAUGUAGCUAUUAUACUUUCUGUAACUUUGGUCCUAGCUUUCGGAGAGGUCAUUCCUCAAUCCAUUUGCACUAGAUAUGGCCUUGCUGUUGGUGCGAAUUUUGUAUGGCUUGUACGCAUAUUGAUGAUUAUUUGCUACCCAAUCGCUUAUCCUAUUGGAAAGGUGUUGGACUGCUUACUAGGACACAAUGAAGCACUCUUCAGGAGAGCUCAGCUAAAAGCACUUGUCUCCAUUCAUGGCCAAGAGGCUGGAAAGGGAGGUGAACUUACUCAUGAUGAGACAACAAUUAUCAGUGGAGCAUUAGAUUUGACAGAGAAGACUGCUCAGGAGGCAAUGACGCCUAUUGAAUCGACGUUUUCAUUGGAUGUCGACUCAAAACUAGACUGGGAAGCUAUGGGAAAGAUCCUAGCUCGUGGACAUAGCCGAGUACCUGUUUAUUCUGGGAAUCCAAAAAAUAUCAUUGGACUUCUCUUGGUCAAAACUCUUCUAACAGUACGACCUGAAACAGAGACUCCUGUAAGUGCAGUUUCCAUACGAAAAAUUCCGAGGGUUCCAGCAGACAUGCCUUUGUAUGACAUACUGAAUGAAUUUCAGAAAGGUCACAGUCAUAUGGCAGCUGUGGUGAAGGCAAAACCAAAGAGUAUUAAUAAUUUACCUGUGGUUGACACUGAGAAAUCCAAGUUGAAAGGCACUGAUGCUGAGUUCAAUUUAGCUACUCCUUUAUUGUCAAAACAAAAAGACAAUGCUGAGAGUAUUGUUGACAUUGAAAAAAUUUCUAAAGAAAGCAACACCUACAAGCAAAUUUCACAACAGGAUAAUGCAUUUCCAAAUUUAAUGCCACAUUCUGUAGAGGAUAUUGAUGAGGGAGACGUCGUUGGCAUUAUCACCCUCGAGGAUGUAUUUGAAGAGCUUCUGCAGGAGGAGAUUGUAGAUGAAACAGAUGAGUAUAUUGAUGUUCAUAAAAGGAUACGUGUUGCUGCAGUUGCAGCUGCUUCCUCAGUUGCCCGUGCUCCAUCUGUUCGGAGAUUAACUAGCCAAAAGGCAUUGGGCCAGGGAGGCUUAAAUAGGCAAGGACAAGGCUUGAAGAAGCCCAGUGAUGAUAUUCCUACGUCAACAAAAUGAUGAAGGACCUUUUAUCUGUUGAGCCUGUCUGGGAGAAGGAGAUGCAAUAUUAGACUUGGCAUCAUUUAUUUAUGAUUCCUAUACAUAUUAUCGAAAUUAGAUUCAGAAGUAUGCUGUGUCGUUCAAUUUUGUGUCGUUCUGUUUAUAUUUUUUUCGAGAAAAAACUGUGUUGCUUCCUUUGGUGAUUGUAGAUACUAGAUCAGAGGUACUAGCAUGUUGAGUGAUUCUUUAUUUAACAUCUACAACUUUAAAUAAAACCAGGUUGUUUUUUGUA